UGUCUAUUGAUACAGAGGCUCAAUCUUGGUCUUUUAAAAAAUGGUCUUUCUUGGGUCUUUCACAGAUUCACUCAUCUCUCUCAUCGGGCGUCGAGUGAGAUUCUUGUUGUUGCAUUUCCGAUUCUUAUGCAGAUUAUAAAUACAUUGUCAUCCCUCCAUUUUUCAAACAAUCCCUCUUUCCUCUGCCUUUUGGGUCCUUUUUUCAGAGGGUUUGUGCUGCUGCGGGAGUCCGCUGUGACUUUCCUCUUAUCAGAUAUCAGCACAAGUCAUGUGCUUUUUCUUCUGAUAUAUCCACUCUCUUGGAUGGGCGUGUUGAACUAAGAUUCCAACAUUUUAUAAGCUAACCCCCUUCUCUUUCCUGCAAUUACUCAGCUAAUGCUUCGCUUACAAUACUUACAAGGGUAAAGCAUGGCUUUUGUGCUUGUUUGAACGCAUAAAUUGUCUUCAUUUCCUCAUGUUUAGUCCGCCAAAUUCUUGCACACUUCCUCGUCGAUGUCGAUGAAUUCCAGGAUCGUUUAUUGCAAAGAAUCUCAAGUAACUCUAUAUAUGUGAAGAAUCUGAUUUCAUUAGAUUGAGAAUUUAAUAGUGUGUUGGUAUUUGAAGAUUAUCUUGAUGGAGUGGAAGAUCCUCUGUCCAAAGACCACAUCUGCAGAAAUAGUCCCUAUGCGAACAACUUGUUCGAGCCAGGCUUCCAGUUUAAGGCACUUUUCUGGUGUUGGAUUCUCUCCACAGUCGUGUUCCAGCAAAGAUUCAGGGUUGUGUUCAGGGUCGCAGCUGAAGGUAACUUGCUCAAGUAUCUCUACUAAAAGUCAGUGGUUAAAGUAUGAUAGUAAUUCAGCAGACCAAGAAAACCCUGUGGCUGGAAAGUAUGUGUAUGAUAAGAUAAAUGGAAGUAAUGGGACACGUAUCAGUUUGUAUCCCAGUAAUGACAAUGUGAGAGUACUUCACGGCUAUGACGAUGAAUAUGGGGGAGUUGUCAUUGAUCCUGACAGAUUACCAGCUAAUACCAACACCUUUGCUUCUACGCUUCGUUUCUCGCUUUCUCAUUGGAAAACGAAGGGAAAGAAAGGAAUAUGGCUUAAGCUGCCAGUGGAGCACUCAGAGUUUGUUCCUGUUGCCGUAAAAGAAGGCUUUCAAUACCACCAUGCAGAGAAAGGAUAUGUGAUGUUAACAUAUUGGCUUCCUGGAGGACCUUGCUUGCUUCCAGCGAAUGCUUCACAUCAAGUAGGCGUUGGAGGAUUCGUCAUCAAUGAAAGGAACGAGGUGCUCGUAGUACAAGAGAAAUACUGUGCUCCAGCUUCUGCCAGCCUCUGGAAAAUACCCACCGGCUUCAUCCUUGAGUCCGAAGAGAUUUUCACUGGAGUUGUACGAGAAGUGAAGGAGGAAACUGGUAUUGACACGGAGUUUGUGGAAGUUGUCGCAUUCAGGCAUGCUCACAAUUUGGCUUUUGAUAAGUCAGAUUUGUGCUUUGUCUGCAUACUAAGACCCCUAUCAACUCAGAUCAUUGUUGAUGACUCUGAGAUUCAAGACGCUAAGUGGAUGCCGCUAAUGGAGUUCGUGCAGCAAGCACUAAUCGAAGGAGACUCCAUGUUCAAGAAAAUUGUUGAUAUUUGCAUUGACCGGUUGGGGAUGCGCUACUGUGGUCUGUCUGCUCAUCAAGUUAUCUCCACAUUUGAUGGCAAGCCAUCCUCCCUGUAUUAUAAUGUUACUGAACCUCAAGAUUUCAACUGUAUAGGCAGCUAAGGCCAGGGAUGCAAGGUUGGAUAGGAAUCCAUUCCCAAACUUGUACAUUGAAAUAUAUUUACUUAUUAAGUUAUGUAUCGUAUGUAAAUAUUAGUGGGGAGCUCCAAUUGAUUGUUAUCAGGCUCAUAUUUUGUG